GAAAGCCAAAUGCACCAUCAGGAUCCUUACAGAUAGAUUUCAGUGUUUAGUGUGUUUCUCGCUUUAUGGAAUACUGAUAUAUUUUCUCUGCCAUGCUUCCUCGCAGUAGCAACUAUUCUCAAGGACGUUUUUAUACUGGGUCUGCUAUCUGUUAAAUACUGCUCUGUAGACAAGUUCGCUGUCAAAACACUGCCAGAUUCUUAUCCUGUCUAAAGUCCUGUGGAGCAGGAAUACUUACAGACUGGACUAUAUCAAUGGCAAAAAAUCAAAAAGAUAAAAAAAAGAGAGCGAAAAAAGUUGGUAAGGUGUUUUUUCCUUCUUAUUUAAGAGACUUUUUGGUGGUUUCAUGAAAAAAGAUGCAUUUUCGGAAAAGACAACGUGCAUUUUAAACACUGCUUCCAAUGGAUCGGUUUAAACUGGAAUUUACCAGGAUUGAGUGGCGUAGACGUACGUCUUAGCUGAUUGUGUUUCAAGUACUUGUGGAUAUUAAAGGGUUUUUUUCGAAGGGAAAUGGAAUAUGCCUCUCAGGAAAAUGUAUUUCGGUGGAAUGCAUACUACUUGUGAUAAUUAAUUAACAAGGUGUUGAUUUCACGUGGAAGUGUUAAUUAGAAAGUGAUUCUAUCCCGUUGAUGUACUAAUGUUAGUCCAAUUACCGUAGUAACCGACCCGCGGGGAGAGGCCGUCUCACGGAAUGGUUGCAUACUGCGCGUCAUAACAGCUACGCGCGUGUUUACACCAAGUUACUCAGAAAACGGGUACCAAAAAUAGACAGAAGGCGAAUCGAGAGGAGCCGUCGCGUGAGAGAGGGGGUCUUUCCCUACAGACUUGGUUUACCGGGGGGACUGGAGUUUUAUUUACCAAUAGGGGCCGGGGCACGCCCAAAAUGGAGCGACAUCAAACAUAAGAUACGAAGAUGCCCUAGUUUUGUGUGAAUGGCCUUAAGGCCUUCACCAUGUUAACGCUGGCCUGAGGUCGGAGCGGAUGAGCCAUAGUCACGGAGAAUCAAGCCAUUCCCGCGCUUCCGAAUCGCCCGCACUUAACCCAGCCUCAAGCGACCGUAGCCUUACGCCAACUGAUGAUGCCAACAAUCCAGUCAGUGAAGUCCUGUUUUGCAGCUCAGCCGCUAUCUUCAAUCCUAAAAUUGAAAAAGCUUACCGCAAUGAAACCAAUCGACCACCACGACUUGCCACACCUCUCAGGCUCGUAACGCUUCCAGAGGACCAGCCGAUACCCCAGAGCAAACCCGGUCGUGCGCCAAACACUUCCAACCCACGCAACCCCGUCGAAGGAAGCAACAUGGGUAACAUAUUUGGAAGCAAGAAAAAGAAAAAGAAAAAUGCACAGAAGGAAGACGAUGAGGAGAUAUGGAAAAAGAUGGGCGCGAACGAUUCUUCUACUUCGCUGCCACCUGAUGCAAAGAAGAAAAACAAGAAAAAGAAAGCUAAGAAAUCGAAACGUGUGGAAUCCCCCUCGCCGCCAAGAGGAGGGGAUGGGUCACUCAAAGGGAAGGACCCCAAACGAUACGCAAUGUACGAGCCGCAGUCAAAUUCGAAGGAUCCUCAGACACAUGCCGUCAGGUCACGCACUCUCCCGGCACGAGUCGAUCCUUCGGAAUUUCGUAAAAGUAUCGGCGAUCCAAUGGACUUCCGAAUGGCAGACGAUGUGUCUCCUGCUGGAAGUCCAGGUUAUGCGACGCCGGAAACAGCAACACCGCCCGUUCAAAAGUCACCUGGUCCUAUCUACAAGAAAAUCAACGUCAACCGUGAGAGAAAGACUAAAGACAGAAGCUUACCUGAUACGCCGAAAAUGAAUAACAAAGACACUGCUUCACAACCAGUUGAUUCAAAAACCGGUAAAGUAGCAGAAAUGAAGAAGCAGCAUUCGGUCCCAACUCCAGGAACUGGAAGUCCGAGACCGAGGGGAUAUAUCUUGCCAUCCCCACCGAGUCGGCCCAAAUUUUAUGCGACAGAACCUGGAUCAGCGAGUCCAAAAUUAUUAAGAGUCCAACCACAGAAACCGGUGACGUUGAACUCUAGUAGUGAUGACUCCAGUUACUCCAACAAGGACAAAUUGGCGGCUCUACGUGCAAAUUCCAAACCAAGAAACAUGCCUCGUUCAGAUCAAGCAAAGAAUAACAAUAGAAAAGAUGUGCAUGGCAUUCAUGUAGGAGACCCCGGCCAGGAAAGUUCGCAGGUCGACCAACAAAACCGAUUAGAAGCCUUUGAUAUUGCUAUGCAAAAAGAAAAUGAGGAAAAUGAACGGAACUUGAAACGAGAAGAACGCCGUAAAAAGGCGGCAGUUGCAGACAUGCAAGCUGCACCAAACCUCGAGGAAUGUCAAAAGAUUAAAGAAACUGUAGUCGAGGCAGUUGAAUCUCGUAUCACCGAAUCAGAGAAACACGAAGUUACAUCCGGGCCUAAAGUAGCUAUUCUUUCGACUAUUCCUCCUCCCGAGAAAGCUGUUUUGUCACAUGUACCUCCUCCUAGUCCAUCGGCCAUGGACGCGUUAUGUGAGGAAAAUGAAGAUGAUGAUUUGGAUGAUGAAAAUGCCGAUGACGAUGAUGACAGUGACAAUCAUGUGACGUAUAGGAGAAGCAAAGAGGUCGAGGAAUUCGGUGGGAUUGUUUGUCAACGUCUGUCUCAGUUACUAGAGAGUCAGGAUGACGGUACACUUAAGUUACAGUUCAUCGAGUCAAAUGACCCUUCUUCGUCAUUAUCGCCAGCUAGUCCAUGCAUGGUUAUGAGUGGCGGAAGUGACCUAGACAGGGAACGAAUGGAAGAUGCAGGUCUCGGUUAUUCAAGUAUGUCUCCGCCGAUGGAGACAGAAAAUGUGUAUAAAGAGAAGUCGAUUCCAAAAAAACUAUUGUGUGUGGAGAUGACGAAACCGUCGACUUUCUCUCAAAGACUAGAACGAUCCUCCAUAUCCACCAGAUCAACUCAGGGAAGCAAUUCAGCAUCGGACUUGGAUGGGAGGGUCAAUUAUCGUGAUUCGAAAUCGCCCAGAUCUCGGGAUUUUAUAAGAGAUCGUCGUGAAAAUGAAAGUGAAAUCAGUUCGUCGGAAGAGGAGAGUUCCUAUACCAGUGAUUCCGAGUACUCGUCUCGUGGCUAUGAUGAGAAGCGUGACCACGUGACUAGUUACAGAGAAAAUGAAUAUUCAAUACCUUGGGAUUUACAUCGAUUUCCGCGUAGCGCGAGCUAUACAUCCGACGGUCUCGAUAUGUCGGACAGUGAUCUAUUCUAUGAACAUGAAGUUAGAAAUAAACCCGAUCAUGCUCAAAUUGCGCAUGUCCAGAGAAAUGCUAGACAUGGCCGUAAAAUGAGAGAGCAAGAUAUAUCGGACUGCGAUGACAUGUCCGACGGUAGGUGGGUCGAGUAUCCGCAAGAAAAAUAUCAAAAGGAUUCACGUUUAAACAAAAGUCGGCAGGUUUCCGUAGAGGAGCUCCGAAUAGAGCCAAUUAGUGUUAAAAGACAACUAUUUGCGCUGCCUACGCACUUAUAUGAAAAUGACGCCAAGAACGAAAUAGAGGAGCCUGAAAUAAAACCGUCCUUCAUAUCUAGUGAAAAUACAUCUUCUCAUAUUCCAAAAAGAGGUUCAGAAAUGAUGAGUGACGUUAUAGAUGCAUAUACAUCAGAGGAAAUGGCUGUUACGAAACGAAAAGCACCAAUUGUGCCUCCGAAACGUCAAUCAACGUUAAGUGAGGAGAUAUUAAUAGAACAGCCGUCAAAUCCGUCCGCACUCGAUAAAUCGUUAAAGAAAAUAUUUAGCCAGGAUGACGAAAUAGAGGAAAGAUACCCAGAGUUAGCUCCCCUGCAUUCCCUUAUAUUGGGUGUUGAAGAGGGAGGCACUCCGUCUGUGGAGCCGUUUUUUGAAUUUCGACCUGGUCAGCUCCCGACGUUCACCCGCGUACCGUUAGGAUCCCGAAGAUCUCUCGCUUAUUCGGAAUCCGAUCUAGACAUGUCUGAACAGCGAGAUGACAUCAGCUCCGACAACAUGGACGCGGAUGACGAAGACGACGAAGAGGGAGGGAUAGUGAUGCUGGAUAGGAGAGAUUUGGAUGACGAGGAGGUUGUGUACGGAAGGACGUACGGAGAUGUAAACAGGCGCGUGGAGGUCAAAGUAAGUCAGAAAGUGUUGAACACUGCAUUCCGGGAGAGUGACGAUAACGAUAGCGUUUUCCUCGACGAGGACGACUCUGAUGUCGGCCGACGUAAACCGAAGAAAGCAUGGGCGCCGCAUAAAUUCGACAUUCCUCCUCCCCCUCCCGAGUUUGAUUUACCACCCCCAUCCCCACAACCUCCACCUCCUCCCUCUCCCUCACCUUCACCACAGCACGUGGCCCAACCUCCCAACCUGGAUCUGGCCUCCACAUACUACGCUAUCGGACCACCCGCUCAGGUGGGAGGCGUGGCGUUUGAUGAUGCUAGAAAACAAAUGGAAGACAUACAUAUGCAGUUACAGACUCUCAGAGAUCAAAUGGUCCACAUGGAGAAGGACACCCCGGAGUCACCAAGGUCAAAAAAGUCACAAAGAGAUCAAGAGUCAUUAUAGAACAAGAGGCCAGCGAAGGGGAGGAUUCUGUUUUUAUAUAAGAAGACGAUCAAAGAAUGCUUCUCGCCCACACAACAAGCGUCCUGCGAAUUAGGGAGCCACCUUAGAGAAAAACUAUUCAUGAACACUGAUGUGUCUUGUAUCAAUGUAUAUCUACUUAAAUAUCAGGAAAGACUGCGGGGCCCACUAUGGGGUAAUUAUAGUGUUUUGUACUAUUGCACUGCUUGGCGAGCCUGGAUGUGUUGACUAAUUACGAGCUUUGAUGAGGGGCUCCACACAGGGUCAUACUAUCUCAAGUCAAAUAAUAUAUUAUUCACAUACGAGUUUUAUUGCAUCAUUUUGAUGAUAUGGACUCUCCUGAUUGAUACUUCCGGUGUUAUCAAUAUAACGAUGUGUACUUUCCCAAGUAACUACGUAAUACUAGCAGAUUCCUAUUUUUUCUCAUUUGUGAUUUCUGAAAUAUAAUCCUACGCGCGUACCAUUUUUGUAUUUCAAAUCUAUAUUUUCUCUAUAUAUGUGUAUUAUAAGACAGAUAACAUUUAGACAACAGUAGAUUCAUUCCAAUCUUUGUACCAUAUAAUGUAAACGGAUCACAGGAUUAUCGUUAAUUACUUCUAGGUAGUAAGUUAUGUUUCAGAUAUGUGAAUAUCACCCAUUCAUUGCCACAACAGACAAACGUUAUGUUUACCAAUUUUUUUAUUAGAUUUAAAAAAUAAAGGAAACAAUGUUGAUUGGCUUAUCAUAAAGGUCUGCCUUAUCUGAAACCCUGUACUUUUAUCAUGUCUAUGCAGUUAGCCGUGUCCAUGGAAACAAGAAAACAAAGAAGUGCUUGAAAGAGAUAAGUUAAUACAUCGUAUGGCUUCAUUUGUAAAUAUUAUACACAGACCGUAGAACUUGAUUAAAACGGCACAUAUUUUGACCUGAGUAGGAAUGGAAGAUGUACGAGUUUAACAUGUUGAAAAAGAAUAAUUUGGUAAAACGUCGAUACGAUUUUCCAUUGACAUCCUACACAUAACACAUAGUUGUAUAAUACUCCAGUUUUAAUGUAGAACGUAUCUCAAAAAAAUAUUUUAAUGUUUCAAAAUAUUUCCCGUAAGAUUCGUUUCUGAAUUUCAUCAUAAAAGAGCGAAUGAAUAUCAAAAUAUCUAAAUGUACAUGAAACGAUAUAAUUAAAACUCAUAUUUCUCCUUAAUUGCGAGAUGAUAUUUAAGCCCAUUCCCCAUAAAACUGUAAAUAUAGCUUUCCAUAAUCCACUUGAAAUUAGGAAAUCAAUUUAAAGCUUGGCUUGCGAUAAGUAAAAUGACUAUAAUGUCACUAAGAUAAAGCGGAUGUAUAAAGUUAUUGUACCUUGUUACGACUUCUGUGGUCAGUAUGGCGUACGGUGAAUAGGAAGAAAGAUAGUUCUGCAUACGUCGAGAUCGGCGACAAAUAUGGAUGUAUGGGUUAUCUCCCUUCGUUUGUUGGCUAGGUGAACGCCCUGUGAGAGAGUCCUAUACUGGUAUGUUGCCAAUUCCUCCCACGUGGUUAUAAAUAUCUAUUGUUUACUUUAUUAAUUGUGGAUCAACUUUUAUUUUAUUUAUUUACGUGGCGACAUCAGUUCCAUGGCUGUCUUUAUAUUAACGUGUGUGUGUACUUUGACGACAUAAUAGUAUCUAUAAAUAUCAAUCAGGGCGACCUCCCUUAUGUGGCGCGUUCGGUUAUGUACGAUUUUAGUUGUUAAUUGAAUAAUUAUAAAACGCCUGAUUCGAUGAUAUGUGUACUGCAACCAUUCUAACCGUGCCGUCCAUGUAAAAGAGGGUCUCAACUGGUUGUCUAAUGAAUAGAAUAGUGUUCAUCCCUGAUAUUGAUAUCCUAAAGUCACUGAAUUUGUAAAAUACGUUUGAAAUGUAUACAUCGUGUGUGUGGAUUAUUGCAAUAACUGUUAAUUAUAAUAAAAAUGAUAAAAAUCUUGAAUAAAAUAAAACGAAUUUUUACAUAUAUAAAUAUA